GGACCUGCCACUCACUUGAUUGCACUCCGUUGCCCUUUUCGUUCUCCUUGCAUCUGUUCUGUACCCUGUCUCUCAAUACACACUACGUACCCACGUAUCUUCCGAAUCAUGGUAGCGACGUUCAUUCUCACCCGCGCCUUCGCCAUCUCCGCGCUCUUCGUUGGGGCGUUCCCACUCGCAGAUGCUGCGCCCGUCCCCGCGCCGUCCCUCCUUGACACCGUUCUGCGCUUCUCCUCGUACCUGAAACACGAGCAGCCCAGCGCUCCCGGCCUCUUCGCACAAGCAGCGCCACUAUCCAAAAGGAGCUGUCGUCAACAAGGGUGCUUAAAGAGGCUUGAAGCGGAGACCUUUGCUGAGAUCCUCGAAAACCUCACAUUAUUGACGCCUGAUACGGACGUCGACGCAGUAACGCGUCAGCCAGACGAGAAGCGUGGUUGUCGCCAGGCGGGCUGUAUGCGCGGGCUCGCACUCGACGGGUUUCCUUCUAUCGACACGUUUGCUCGAGCACUACCAGAGGUGGCGAGAGCGCCCGUAGCAGAGCUUGAGGUUCCCGCGGAAAUCCCCGCAUCGGACGCGGACAGUUCGAGUCCGGCGCGACGCAGCUGCCGACAGCAGGGUUGCUUGCGCGAGCUGGAGGAUGUCGCGGAGGCGAUCACGGUCGCCCGUGAGACUUCAGCUCCAGCGGAAGAAUCCGCGCCUGAUGCAACGAAAGAAGCCCGAAGCUGCCGCCAGCAGGGCUGUCUACGCGACCUGGAUACGAGCGCGUCCAGCGCCAGCCUCGACUGAUUCGCCCCUUCUUCUUCGUCUCGCCCCCCGUGCUCCGCCCCCACGCGAUCGCCUUCUGCCCUCUUCGCCGUGAUACGUAUGGCAUCUCUUGUACCAUCAUCCGAAGCCCCUCGGAAAAUCGCGCCGCGCGUCCGUUCGCGCCUAGUCGCGCACUCCAUUCAUUACUCCUUCCCUCGUCUCUAGGGCAGAACUGCCUCUCUCCUUCAAGUUGACAACUUGUUUCAUGCUCGCGCAUUGCGCGAUUGCUCGUUUUUGUACCAUCGCUGUGUCUAUUGUCAACUGAUCGCUUUGCUGCUCUGUACUGGGUCUCUGAAUCUGUCUGUACAUUAAUAUGCUAAUCGAGCAUGGGCUUUCAC